GACGACAAGUGCUUCAUCUUUUAAACACCAUCUUAGUACAAUUAGUUAAUACUUGAUUAAAACUAUUCAGAAGAGACAGAUAAUCCUUACUAUUAAGAACAGCAGAAGGACAUAGAUUAUGGUUAUGACUUUGUGGCUCUGUGGCUGUUUCCCUUCGCUGGCAGAGGCAAACAAGUCUAGAUGGUUCCAUCGGUGAUGGGCCUGAGGAGCCCAAACAUCUCCACGGCCACACCAGGGAUGUUCCGAACACGGAGUCCUGGCAGCCACCUUCUCGGGCUUGAUAAAUACUCCUUGCCCGAGAAAAAGGCAAAUGCUUACAAACCAAGUGAGACAUUACUGUGGUUAUUACCUUUUGUUCUGUAAAUAAUGUUGUGCUAUUCUCUUUUUUAAACAGCCAUUAACGAAUAUUUCUGAAGAAAAUGAAGAUAAUCAUAUGUUUUUGCAUUUGGGCAGCAGCAUGGGCCAUUCCGGUUCCUCAAAUCAGGCCAUUGGAGAGACAUGCUGUUGGCCAAUCUGUGAAUUUAAGUCUUCCAGAAAAAUUAAAAGUGCCGAUACAGGAUGAGUUAUAUGCUAAUGAUGCCACCAAAGAAAGUGGUGCCCCCAUGCAUGAAAAUGAAUUGGGAAGGCAACAGUCUACCAAAGAUGGUUACCAAGUAUCAGGAGAUGGCUCUGAGUGGGCAGGAGUAGGAGGGAAAAGUUCUUCUACACAUUCCAUGUCAGUAAAUGGAGAGGGGCAUCCUGAGGAUCAGAAUGGGGGUGAAGAAAACCCAGAAACAUAUGGUCAUGAUGGAAUACAUUGUAUUAGGGGACAAGCAAGCACUAUUGACAUGACUGGAGCAGCAAAUGGGAGCAAUGUUAAUGGAAAUACUGAUGAGAAUUCUGAAAAUGGGGGUGUUGGAGAUGCAAGUCAGAGUGAGAAUGGCACUGUUGUCGAAGAUGAACAUCAAGCGUCUGGAAGCAGUAAUAGUACAGGUCAUGAGGAUGGCAUAAAUGGGAAUUCCUGUACGAAUGAGGGUGAUACAAGUGCGAUGACACCUCAGAAAGGAGGUGAGAGAAAUGGUCAUGAGGAGGCAGGGGUAACACCAGGGGGAAGCGGAGCUGGCAAUAGAGAAGAUGCUGGCCUCGAUAAUUCUGAUGGGAGUCCCAGUGGAGAUGGAACAGAUGAGGGUGAAGACAAGGGCUCUGGUGAUAAUGAAGGUGAAGAAACAGGAAAUGGAAAAGAUGGCACUGAUAACAGCCAGGGCCAGGAGGGUCAGGGUCCUGGAAAAGAAGAUGACAAUGAUAAUAGCUUAGGUGAAAAUUCAAUUAGCAGUGAAGAUGAUGACCCUGGAGACAAUGAAGAUCCACAUGACAUGGAUGGAGACAAUGCCUCUGAGAGUGAGGAGAAUUCCCAUAGUAUUCUAGAAAAAGAUGAUAGCCAAAGAAUAGAAGGCAUCCAAAAAACCAAUCACAGAGAAAAAAAUGGUGUGGAUAAUGGAAUUAGCAAAGAAUCAGAGACGAGUACCAAUGGGAAGAGCCAGGAUAAGCGAAUAGAAAUUGAAGGUCCUAGCAGUGGCAAUAGAAACAAUAUUACCAAAGAAUCUGGGAAAAUCAUCGGCGAUAAAGAGAGUAAAGGACAACAUGGAGUGAUUGUGGGCAACGGAAAUGUCCAGACACAAGGGGAGACUGACAACAGGCAAGAACCUGGCCAGAAGUCAGAACCUGGGAACAAGGUUGAACAUGGCCAAACAGGUAGUGAGAGUAACAGUGAUGGCUAUGAUAGUUAUGAGUUUGAUGAUGAAUCCAUGCAAGGAGAUGAUCCCAACAGCAGUGAUGAAUCUAAUGGCAAUGAUGAUGCCAAUUCUGAAGGUGACAAUGACAGCAGUAGCCGAGGAGAUGCAUCUUAUAACUCUGAUGAAUCAAAAGAUAAUGAGAAUGACAGUGAUUCAAAAGGAGAAGGAGAUGAGGACAGUGACAACACAUCAGAUGCUAGUGAUAGUGACAGUAAUGGCAUUGGUAAUAAUGGGAGUGAUGAUAGCGAAUCAGACAGCAGCAAAGGUAAAUCAGACAGCAGUGACAGCAGCGACAGUAGUGACAGCAGUGACAGCAGUGAUAGCAGUGACAGCAGCGAUAGUAGUGACAGCAGUGACAGUAGCAAUAGUAGUGACAGCAGUGACAGCAGUGACAGCAGUGACAGUAGCAAUAGUAGUGACAGCAGUGACAGCAGUGACAGUAGCGACAGUAGCAAUAGUAGUGACAGCAGUGAUAGCAGCAACAGUAGUGACAGUAGUGACAGCAGUGACAGCAGCGACAGUAGUGACAGCAAAUCAGAUAGCAGUGACAGCAGUGACAGCAGUGACAGCAGCGACAGCAGUGACAGUAGUGACAGCAGUGACAGCAGCGACAGCAGUGACAGCAAAUCAGAUAGUAGUGACAGUAGUGACAGCAGUGACAGUAGUGACAGCAGUGACAGCAAAUCAGAUAGUAGUGACAGCAGUGAUAGCAGUGACAGCAGUGACAGCAGCGACAGCAGUGACAGCAGUGACAGCAGCGACAGCAGCGACAGCAGUGACAGCACUGAUAGCAGCGACAGUAGUGACAGUAGUGACAGCAAUAGUAGUGACAGUAGUGACAGCAGUGACAGCAGUGACAGCAGCGACAGCAAAUCAGAUAGCAGUGACAGCAGUGAUAGUAGUGACAGUAGUGACAGCAGUGACAGCAGUGACAGCAGUGAUAGUAGUGACAGCAGUGACAGCAGUGACAGCAGUGACAGUAGCGAUAGUAGUGACAGCAGUGACAGUAGUGACAGCAGUGAUAGCAGUGACAGCAGUGACAGCAGUGAUAGCAGUGACAGUAGCGAUAGUAGUGACAGCAGCGACAGUAGUGACAGCAGUGACAGUAGUGACAGUAGUGACAGUAGCGAUAGCAGUGACAGCAGUGACAGUAGUGACAGUAGUGACAGCAGUGAAAGCAAUGAAAGCAGUGACAGUAGUGAUGAGAGUGACAGCAAGAGCAAGUCUCCUAAUGGCAACGACCAUAGAAGUGAUAGUGACAGUGAUAGUGAGAGUGAAGGCAGUGACAGUAAUCACUCAACCAGUGAUGAUUAGAAUAAACAAAAACCCCACAAGAUUUCUUGUGUGAACAGUUUGGUGAGUGGUAGGAAAUAAAGAUUUCCAAGAAAAUAAGGAGAAGGGAGAAAG